CUAUUUAUGACCGCCACCCCGGACCAUCUCCUUCCUUUAUAACGUAACGGUCAACUAUUAAAUAUAAAUUUAUAGGUAUUUAUCGCUGAUUUUUUUUUUCUGGAUAAAUUAUGAAAAGAUUUGGAUCAAUGUGAUUAUAAAACAUAGCUCUAAGUUAAUCCAGAAAAUAAAAAAUAAUAAAAACGAGGUUUUUAUGGGAGAUAAAAAUCGAAUUUUAGGAAGAAUGUAGAACAAGGAAAUUCCUAUUUAGUGCAAGUAAUUUAACGGACCUCACCUUUUUAUGAUUGGCUAGGUUUCAAAAACUACCUAAAUUUUUAGGAGUUACGCUUAAUAAAUGUUUGGUAUUUUUAGAUAGAAUAUUUCUGUAUCUCAAACUUAGGCAGAGUAAUAUAUCAACGCCAUUUAAUAAGUAGGAUUAUUAAAAGGCAGACUAUGACGGAGAAAUCCCAUGACAGAGACUUAUAGAAGUUAUCGAGAAGCUAUAUGUGCUCCGAUGCGAACAGGGGAGAGGGCAGAACUAGUAGGGGAGGCACAAUAGAGCAGCUGCAGGCAAUGAGGGGUUCAUCGGGAUUACUGGCCCUAUAUUGCCUCCAGCAGAAAUAUCUCCAGCGGGCACUCUUCUCCAGCUUGCAAUGGAUCAUGGAGGGAAACCUGGCCUGGAGGAAUGGAAAAGCCAACAGAUCCAUCACCAAUAACAAGAAUGCUCCAACUCCCUAAUAGCUCUAUCUCACACUACAUUUAGAUUCAGAAUAUAUAGAAUAUCUAAAGGAGUUGUUCUCGUAUUUCAAUAGUUUUGAGUAAAGUCAUUUUAUUGAUAUUUCUAGUUGCAAAAAUUUAUAAUAUCUGUACAUACAGUGAG